AUGCGACUGUGGCAAACUACGUCUAGGUACGCCAUUUUCAUGGAAGCCUUGGACUAUUUGGUGGAUACCGACGGAGAUUCCAACAGUGCGAGCCUAACCGACGAGAACGCCAACAAGACCCGGCCUGGAACUGUCCGUGAAGAUCAAGGUCCAACAAUGCGCGUGGGACUUCAAGAUACUGAGGACGUGCUCGCGGCGAUGAAAAUGCGCCUUGAAACGUUGGAAAAGGCGGAAGUGGUUUAUGUGGCUGCAGACUCGUACAAAGUGAACAACGAAGAUACGUUUCUGUGGGAUCCCAUCGAGGCUGAUGACUUCGCGCUGACGGAAGACCGAUCGGGGAUUCGUUUUUUCGUGGCCAGGUACUAUACUGUGAACCUGAACGCGUACGUGGGUCCGCAGAGGCAAGGUGUGCUGAUCGACCAGCGAAAGAAUGACAAAUUACUUGAGUCCAACACCGUUGCGUUCAACAACGACGACGACACCAGUGCGUCGAUUGGGUUUAGCGCUCACUUCGACGAGAACGACAUAUAUUCGGGCACAGUUGACAGUUUUACGCGCACGGUGGACGCUGAUGUUACGAUCGCGAAAAUCGGGAACUGA